AUGCCUCCCGUACCUGCGCAAGUCGACCGAUGCCGGGUGAUAUGCUAUCACCAGACGCUCCGUCCGGAUCGAGGUCAAUAUGUGUCCGCGCUACCGCUGGUGCAAAACAACACUGGUAUCACGCACCUCAUCAUUGCUGCCUUCCACCUAAAUGCCGAACCGGGCCAUAUUACGCUCAACGAUGAUCCUCCCCACCAUAGCAUGUACGACGAGCUGUGGGCAGAGGUGCCUCUCCUGAAACAGAGUGGGGUACGCGUCUUGGGAAUGCUGGGAGGAGCUGCUCAAGGUUCCUUCCGCUGUCUGGACGGUGAUCAGGACAAAUUCGAACGGUACUACCUGCCUCUCCUAACCAUGGUUCGGCGUCAUCAGCUGGAAGGGCUAGAUCUAGACGUGGAAGAAGAGAUGUCGCUUUCAGGUAUCAUUAGACUGAUCGAUCGACUCAAAUCGGACCUGGGAGACGGCUUCAUUAUAACGUUGGCCCCGGUGGCAGCGGCGCUUCUAGGGAUCGGUAACCUUUCCGGGUUUGACUACCGAGAGCUUGAGCGGCAACGAGCAUCGAAGAUUAGUUGGUAUAAUACACAGUUCUACAACGGCUGGGGCCCAGCGGAUGAUCCUCGUAUGUAUGCCGCGAUCGUCGCGCAAGGAUGGUCGCCGCAACGCGUCGUGUACGGACUGUUGACGAAUCCUGGCAAUGGGUCGCAGGGCUACGUUCCUCGGGAGAUCAUCGGGCCUAUAUUAGGCCAGCUGGUGGAGCAGUUCCCCAACUUUGGCGGCGUUAUGGGCUGGGAAUACUUCAAUUCCAAACCAGGGGAGCGUGAGAAGCCCUGGCAAUGGGCUGCGGAGAUGUCGCUGAGCAUGCAUAUGAAGGAUGUGGUCAUGGCUUUUCAUCAAGGCCUAUGGCGAGCGGUUUGA